AUGAUAUCUCAACAACAAACCCCAGCUGCAACUCCAUUAAGAAAUAUCUAUAAUAUGAGUGCUCAUCAUCAACAUCAUCAGCAACAACAUAUGACGCCAAACACUAAUAAAAAACUCCCUUUGAUCGUCGAUAUUGCCCUCGAUGAUAAUGGUAAACAAUUAUAUCAAGUCCAUGAAUCUUCCAAGUUGGUAAGAAAAGAAAUGCCAAGAUCAACUAAUUUCUCUGCUACUGUCACAAAUACAAAUCUUGAUUCAGAUCUCAAUAAUCCCGAAUCUUCAAUUAAACAAGAAUAUCAUGAUGAUCAUGAUUCUGAAAAUAUACUUAAAACUCCCAGCAAUAAAUUCUUAGGUACAUUAUCACCAAACUCAUCUCAAUCAUUUAAUCAUCAAUCAAUCCAAGAUCAUCAUCAUCAUAUUGGUGAUAUCUAUUCAGGUUAUACAUCAGAAGAAAACAAUCAAAAUAGUCAUUCUCCUGAUCACUCAAAUAGAUCUUCAUACUUAUCUGCUUCUUCUUCUUCCGCUAAGGCCACCGCUACCGCUAAUGAUAAUGAUAUUUGGUCUGAUGAUGUUGAACAAGCUUUUGAAGAAGUUUUAAGAAUUAUACCAAAAAAUGGGUUAAAUAAAAUCAAAAUAAGUGGUAGAUCGUGUGGUAGAAAUGAAUUAAUUAGUGAUUAUAUCUAUACCAAGACUGGGAAAUUUAGAUCAAGAAAACAAGUAAGUUCUCAUAUUCAAGUGAUUAAGAAUUUAGGUCAAAAAUCAGAUAUUAUUCAUUUAAUUAAUAAAGGUCCUACAUUUGAAUCAAUUGAACAACAAACUGAAUGUAAUAAAAAGUUUGAAGAAAUAUUUUCCAAAAUUAAUUUAAGUAAAUCAUUAGGUUUCAAUGAUGGUACUUCAUCUUCAACUUCCAUCAUCCCAAAUUCUAGUAUUACUUCAACUAUUCCACCUGCUAAAAGAUCCCUUAGUAAUGAUGAAAGAAUGUUAAAGAGAAAGAGAAUUACAAUGACUAACCCAUUGGAUAUUAAAUUUGAAAAUUUUUUCAUGUCAGUUUAUGAUAAAUUUUUUACAAAUCCUAUAAUCUUUACUUUACAAGAUUCUACCACGAUUCCAAUUACAGCUUCACCAACAUUGAGAGCUUCACCUUCAACUAUUGGAUCUCCUCAACAACAACCAAUUAAGAAAAUUAAACAAAAUUCGAAUAUAUCAGUCAGAUUUCCUGGAUUGAUGGAUUUUCAAAAUUGUGCUAAUAUUCCAAUUUUUCAUAAUAUGGUUAAAAUAGUUUAUCCUCAAAAUUUAACCCCUGAUUAUGAUUUUGAUCUUGGGUUUAGAUCGAAUUUCAGUCUUAAAUGUAAUCAACUUGAUGAAAUUGCCAAUCAACAUUAUUCAUUAUAUACUAGCAUUUAUUCAUUUGGUAAACAGGUUUUAACAUUUACUGAAGAUGAUUUUAAACUUAAUCAAGAUUAUCCAUUUUUAAUUAAAUUUUGGAAAUUCUUCUUAUCAAAUUUGAAUAAUAAAGAUUUGAAUGAAAUUAAUAUUGCUUUCAAAGGUAUGACUAUAAAACAAAUCAUUUAUGAAUCUGAUAGAUUGGUUAAUUCAGAUAUAACUCCUAAUAAUAAAGUUUCAAAACUGAAAAUCAAAUUGAUUCUUUUAUGGGAAUUCGCUCAUGUUGAUGAUUUGAAAGAUGCUGUUACAACCACAAGUAAAUUAAUCUUACCUUCUCAACUGGGUAAUAUCGAAUCUUCAAAUGAAAAUAUUGUUAGUCAAGUAUUAGAUUAUUCAAUUCCUCAUCCAUCCUCACAAUCAGCUCAAAUACAACAAAUGCAUCCUAAUCAACCUAUGUCAUUACCACAACAACAACAUCAACCUCAUCCGAUGGUUUCAUCGUCAACCUAUUCUGAAGCUUCAUUUUCAAUUGUUGAACAACCUCAAUACGAUGCUCAACAGAAUUAUAUGUAUCCAACUCCUUCUACAACUACAUUGGGUACUAAUCAGUCUAUGAAUACUAAUAGCUCAUUCGUUGAUUUGAGUCAAAUGAAUGUACAAAGGAAGUUCCAACAAUUACAACAACAACAGCAACAACAACAACAAAAUCAGCAAGGUGUUUCAAUUUCCCAAUCUCAAUCUUUUGGUCAAUAUCCUUAUCAAACCCCAAUGUCGGUAGUAAGUCCUCAGCUCCAUCAUACUAAUACUGGUAUGAUGCAAUCAUUCUCAGCACCAUUAGCGCCACCCCCACCUCCACAACCACAACAACAAGAGGUUCUAAAUACAAAUUCGAUCAAUUUAGAUCUUGGUGUUAUCCCAACAUCUUCUACAGCUGCUAAUCCUGAUUAUCAACAAUUACAGAAUUAUCCCAAUGACGGCUUCAUUCAUGACUUCAACAGAUGA